AUGACCAGUCUUCAGAACCUUUGUUUGAGAACUGACAGGAAUGACAACAGUGAUAAAGCUGAAUGUUCAACGGGGACAAACCUAAACCGUUGCGAAACUUGUGACCGUGGCGAUGAUCAGUACUCUCAGGUGAAGACAAUUAUCCGCCAGAAAAUUGAAGAAGUUUUAGAUGAGGGAAAUUCUGCUGAUCUUAAGAAAAGAGGAAGCAUUAAUGUGUCGCAAGCAGGACCAAGUUAUCAACCUCAAAAGAACUUCGAAUUCUACAGGGCUUGGAGAGAAAGAGACUCGAUUGAUUGUGACGCUGAGCUACGUCAAAGGAUAGCAAAACUUGCUUUGGAUCAACAGGGAUCGCAGUGGUUACAAACGAAAUUGGAUGAAGAUGAUAAGCAGACGACAGAUCGGAUAUUUGGAGGCAUUUUUGUUUACAUGUAUGACGUGAUGAGUAAUGAGCAUGGAAGUCAUGUCUUUGCAAGGCUAAUUGAACGUUGUGAUGAAUCUCAGCUGCAAUUGAUCGUAUCAAUGAUCAAUCUUCAGAGUCAACCUUUCGCAAAAUUGUUGUUCUCUAAACAUGGUGCAAACUCAGCUAAGAGACUGAUCAAAGUCCUUGGGAAAUCAUCCUUGGUUUCAGUUUCCAACAUUAUCUCAAUUUUAGCGAGGCAUUUCGUUUGGAUGAUGGCCGAUCGAAUAGCAUGCUCUGUAGUACUAAAGUGUUUUGACAGUCUUAAUGUUCAUCAGAAUCAGACACUAUAUGAAGAGCUUGCCAAGAACUGCCUCGCACUAGCAACAGAUGAUGAGGGAUGUAUAGCAUUAAAAGAAAGCAUCGACUACAUCAAAGGCCCGCACAGAGAUCAACUCCUCGACAAAAUCUCUACUCAUGCACUUUUCCUCUCCCAGGAUCCCUCAGGGAACUAUGUUGUGCAACGUGUUCUGGGACUGCAAAACCCCUUUUUCACAAACAAAAUAUGCUUGGCCUUAGUAGGCAACUUCGUUAAUCUCUCUAUGCAGAAAUCUGCAAGCCACGUAGUCGAGAAAUGCUUAAAAACAUCGUUCGGACUGGAUCGCGUGCUGUCUGACUUUAAUGCCUAUGACAAGUUGUGGGAGGUUGCUCGUAACAAGUAUGGAAAUUAUGUCAUCCAGAGAGCUCUUGAACAGGCCCAGACAGCAAAGAGUCCAUACUAUGAAAAGCUUGUGACGAAGCUCUGUGGAGAUGUGGAAAAAUGGGAGAAGGGUUAUGGGAGGAAUAUCUACUACAUGAUUCUCAACAGUCAACGUGAAUCAAAAUGCUAA